UCCACCCCCGUUCCUCGAACCAAACACCCACCACCUCUUCCCGGGCCCAGAGUUCCACAGCCAGCCACAGCCACAGCCACUAUCCUCGUCCAUCCAACCAGAGAGGAGCCUGAGUGUUUUUUUGGACAUAACACAUGGCUCGGGAUUUCGAGUUGUCGGUCGAUGAUCUUUCGGAUGAGUCGAGCUUUUAUGGCGAUGACGACGACGACGAGGUCAAGGACCUAGAACACCUCGUUACAAGCUACGACACCGGCUAUUACUGGACCAGGAUCCAUCCGUACUCUCUGAACACCAUCCGUCAGAAAGC